UUAGCACACACAUUAUCCACGCGGCAGAAUAGAGGGCAGUUCUAAAUUCUCGUCAACCCGCGCAUGCGCACUAGGCUGCGAAACUUGCGCAUGCGCAGAAGCGGGUACCGCAGUGCUUUCUGCUUGUUGUUUGUUUAUGGUUGGGUGUGUAGAGGCAAAUUACAGUUUUUCGUGUUGGAGAUUUUUCCGCAUUUUGUUCAAAAUGGAAUGGAACAAACAGGCUUUAAGGAUCCUUAUUCAGGCGUACAGCGAAGAAAAGUGUAUGUACAACCCGCAGGACCCGCUAUAUCAUAAUAAGAAUGCCAGGAAAGAGAAACUGGCAGUGAUAGGCAGUAAAGUUCGCGCACUUUUGCCCAACGCAACAGAUGAGGACUGCAAAACUCGAUUCAUGUCUCUGCGGUCGCACUUUUGUGGAGAGCUUAAAAAAAUUAGAGCCAGUGAGCAUAGUGGUGCAGGGGCAAGCGAAGUUUACGAGCCUGCUGUGUGGUGGUUCAACGCUUUGAAGUUUUUGAAGGACUACGUGACACCGAGGAAAACAGUGACAAAUAUCCCAAGCCGUAUGAUACCACAGUCACUCUCAUCAAAUCAAUGUAGCACGACCACUGUCAAUGACCCUUGUAAUACUGAGGUGACCACAGUUACUGAAGAGACCAUAGUAAAUGAGGGAUAUAUUGAAGAUGACAACAGCAAUUACUCUCAAGACAUAUUUACUGUGGAAUUGUCAGAGGGAAGUACACCUGUGUCAACACCAUCAUCUCUAAGUGAGCAGCCCUAUGCUUCAGCCAGAAAGAGGCGUAGGAAGGACACUGAGGAUGAGUUAGCCACCUCAACAUUGUCAGUCUUAAGAGACAUUAGAGUUUCAAUUAGUGGCAGUAAUGAAGAUGACAAGUUUGGUCAGUAUGUUGCUGCUGAAUUGAAGAAAUUAAAAAAUCCAGCAAUUAAGGCUGACGUGAAAUUAAAUGUCAUGAAAUGUAUCAUGGAUGGCAUACAUAAAGAAAUCUGUAACUGAUUUUAAA